CUCAAUUUCAUACGCUGAAAUACCUGUUGCWACCAGACGUCCUCAACCAAUCGCUGCAGGCAAAAUUCCCUGGUGUCAUGUCAUCAACAAACAUAUUCAACUAAGAUCAUUGUUUAGGCGUUGUUUUGUAGAACAUAGCUGAAUUCUAGCGAAGACCCAAUUUUAACAACGAAGCUGAACCAACUAUGAUUUUAUGUGACUUAAUUCCAAGAUUCAAACACUAUGAAGAAGUUGCAAGUAUCCUGUGGCUUUUGUUCCACCUAUUUGGUAUCGCCGCGAAUCUUUAUGCCUAUUACAUGCUGAAAAAGAGGUGGAAUUCGCUGGGAAACUUCCCAAUUCUUCUUGCCUCAAGCAUUCUGUCAAAUAUCUCUGCCCUCUUCGUCCAUCUAUACUUGCCCAUGAACUUCYUGCUGAGAAACCUCACCGAGAAGGAGUGGAGCUUAGGAAAGUUCGGCUGUUCAUUUUUACCGGCUUUUACUAACUUAACCCAAGCCAUUUCGCUAGCAGCACUAGUGGCGGUUGCCUUUCAGAAGUAUAUCAAGACGGCGAAGCAAAGAGACAUAACCAGCAGUGAAGCUGAAAACUCAAUGGUGYUAAUGUUUGUACUUGCGUCCCUAAUCGUAGCUCCAGAGUUCUGCCAAUGUGGUGCCGUGAAAGAACCAUUGACAACYGAAGGWUUAUGCAUUCCAACUUGGCAGCUGUCAUAUGCAGGGAAUCUUUAUCAGAAUUUGAGAGUACUAUUUCAGUAUAUUGUUCCUUUGGCUUUCGCUACGAAUGCGUUCUUCAAAGCACAGAUUGCACCAAGGAAAAUGACUUGUAUUUAUCGCGUUCUUUUCAUCGUUGUUGAUUGUAUUUCAGGUGCUUGCAUAGGAUUGUAUGUUUAUUUUUUUCCUCUAAAAACGAUCAUUCUAGGCGAGGAAGAGUUUAAUGUACAAGGCUAUGGCGUCUUUCCGAACAUUGCUGCCAUGAUGAAAACGAUGGAUUUUGUUGCCAUAUUCUGUUGCAUUGCCGUUCCUUUUGAGCUUGUUGAAAUCAUGAAUGAUGUCAAGAUGGCCGAUCAUCGUCACCAAUAUCAAGUUGAAUACAGCGAAAAACCCGAAAAAAAUUACACGGAAAAGCUUCAAAAGUAUUCUUAUGGUAAAGGUUUUGACGAAAUGAAAGUUUCCGCCAAAGUGGUGAUCAUGUUAAAGCAAGAAAAGGAAUCGAAAGAGGAACUUAUCAAACGUCUUGUAAACGAUGAGCCGUUGAAACUUAAAAAUGAAAUAAUUGUGUAGACUUUAUCGUAAACUCGCUGCUGUACAAAAAAUAUACUGGCGAUUCGAUUAAGUAGACCGUUAAAUGUGGGUAUUCAUUUUGGACAAAUUGAAUUAUUGACUCUUGACGUCAUCAUUGAGUGACAUCAUUUGCAAAACGUCAUACACAUGACGUCAUUGAAAAAACUAUUUCUUAUACCUCGUAGCGCAAAAAUGGAAAUAUUAUAAGGGAAUUUUCACAUUAGCAAAUCGUAAAAGGAAUCAUAAUGUAUUAAGGAUAAGCACUAUGUCUUAUUUUACGCAACAUAGAAAUUUAAAGAGUAGUGUGGACUAAAUAGAUCGGUUUUCAUAACCCGUAAUGGUGUGAUAGUGCGCUAAUAAGGUGCAUUAGUUUCACGCUUUUAUCCGGUGAAUCACUGUAAUAAGAAAUUGAAUAAUGUUGAGUUAAAUUCAAAAAAAAUACAAGAUACAAAAAKCCCUGAGCUUCUCUCGCAGCAGUGUUGCUGUAGAAGUCUGGUGUCGAUGUUUCUCGUUUUUCACCUUGUCUGGACAACUUUUCGCGCAACACAAACUAUAGAAUUGCACAAUUCGGGCUCUCUUUUACUCCCAGGAGUGGAUGAAUGUGGCUUUCUGUACGGGAGAUACGGAACGAGCGUAAAACGGACUUUUCGCCGAAAGUAUACACAAAACAGCCAAUGUACUGAACACUGCAAACUCCAAAACUUGCAGUGUGUUGCACGACAAGUUUCCGAGUUUUUACGUAUUCCUCAGCCUUAAUUUAAAUCAUUUCUUUAAUGCACUUCUAUCAAAGCAAGAUUCAAAGCACCAGCGAAAAUAAACGGAAUUACGCUAGUAAAAUUGUUUUASUUUUGCGCUUCUGCGAAUUAGUAAAUGCGACAAAGAUUAAUUUGUGGAAUAAUUGCCUGUAGCUUACCUUUGCGUCAUUAAUAAACAAACUGAAUUACCGGCUGAACACCCGGGUAUGUAGGUUAAAGGUAGCGGAAUUGUUGAGGUCGAACAAGAGAAAUAAGUUUUAAAUUAAAUGCRUUGACUCCGUUUGACGAGAUUAUUUKUAUGCCGCAAUUCGUCGCAAUGUACAUGCAAUGUAUGUCGCAGUUCAGUGAUUGCACGUGCACACGUGCAGAAUGGAAAUAUUGGGACGUAAAUCGAACUUGUGGUAAAUGAAAAUGUGAAGUAAUAAAAGAAAACUGGGUUUAAAAGAAACAAAAGGAACACAAGAAUAUUUUUCUAUUUUAUUGCGACAGUUUUGUGCAAAAGACAGUUCUAUAAAAAUUCAAAGCAUGUUUUAUAUUCCACAAUUACACGACAUAUAGUUAAAAACAACAAUGACAACUUUUUUAGAUUAGACUGGUUCCACAAGCAGCUCCAGUUUGCUACUCAAAUGUACUUCUGUUUGCUGAUUAUUACAAAUGGCUUUUUGCAAAAAGAACUGGCAUAGACCAAAAAAAAUAACAAAGUGUAGAAUAGUAAAAAAAAUUACAUUUUUAUGUAGCGAAAAAAAUAUGUACAGUUCCUUUUUGUUUAGAAUUAUUAGCUUUUAGCCUUAAUUACACCUUUUUCUACGUGUGCUUUCCAUUUGUCAGAACUGGCUGGCCA